CGGACGACUACCCUUUUGCGGCGCUCCCCUUCGAAAGAAGGUAAAACAAAGAGAAGGAAAAGGAAACACGAAGAGAGAAGAAAUAGAAACUUCACCCUUUACCCAAAUUCCUCUCUCGAAACGGUUUCUCUGUAAAGUCUCGCGAAUUCCUUUGUGGAGCUUAUAUGAAGAUGACGCUAACUCCAUCAGCUCUUCCCUUUUCAAGAAUCUUCAGGCAGCUGGAGCAGGACGUCGAAACCAUCAUAAAGGUACUGCAGCCUGGUCCUUUGGGAAUAAUAGAACACAAGUUCACUGCUGAGGAGAUAGAAACGGCAGCUUCAACUGUGAGAAGAGCAGUAGAGAAUUGGCGGAGGACUGCUUCCAUUGAAAGGAACAGCCCUAUCUUGAAAGAUUUCAUUGACACUCAGACUUUCCGUUUCCAAAAUCGCAGAUGAGUCGAUGUAAUCUGUAAGCUCUGUCUGAUCUUUCACAUCUUUAUAGAUGUAUUGUCUACAUUUGCCCGUGGGCGUGUUGUUUUCUUUAGUCAAUAAAUGAAUGGCUUGAGUUUUUUUCCA